GCUCAAAUGUCAAACGCGAUUAUUUCGUCAACAGUGUCGUGGCGCGCUAGUUGGGUUUUAUGAAAUAACAACAAAUAAUACGAUAGUGCAAUUGACAUAAAAUGGAUGUUCAACGUUAAGAUUCAGUGUGUUUUUUUGCGCCGAGUGAACUGGCAGCGAGUUGUGUGAAACAAUACAGUUUUUGCAAUGCCGUAUUGAUUUUUGUUCGUCACCGGUUUUGUUGCGCUGUUAUGAACUUUUUCCUAACUUAUUAGAGUUAAAACACUUUACUGGUCGUAAUCUAAUGCUGAUUAAAGUAUUUUUCUUUGUAUUUAUGCGAGGACAUUGUUAAUUGCUGCUUAUUGAGGACGGGAUAUCGAAUUGGGAAUAAAUUAAGUACAUAAAAUGGAGAAGGUUGAAUCCCCGUUGGACGUAUUGUCCCGAGCUGCGACUAUGGUGCAACCAUGCCCGGCGUAUCCAGCUAGCGACUCUGAUGGCUUCGAAACUCCAAGCACAGCUUCGAGCGGCGAGUCGGAGGGUGAUCGGACACUGUCGCCAGAGACGACGCGUGCUCAGCCGAAGGAGCUCACGGGCAAGUGGAGGCGUGAGCGCCGGACCAGGCAGCCCGACUACAGGCCCAGAGAAAACGGCAAGAUGGCGCUGCGCUCGCAGUCGUUCAACGAGCGGCGGAGCGGUCCCGCGCUGGCGCGGGCGCCUCACAGCGACGGCGAAUUGGAUGACGAGGACGCGCCCGCCAACCUGACUACUAAUGGGAAAGCGCCCCCCGAAUACCCGGGCAAGCACGAGGCCCCUAUUGACAUGCGGCUGCGUUCGCGGGCCGCGCCGCCGCCCUACAACCGGCCCUCCGUCAUCACCAAGAGCGACACGCCGCCUGGUUCAAUGUCUAUGUGCGACCCGGUAAUCGACGAACACUUCAGACGGUCGCUCGGCGACGACUACAUGAGCCUGUUCAAGAAGAACACCGAGAACAGCCAGCCCGGCCCCAAGCCCAACACCAAGGACCGCGCCAGCAGCCCCAUCCAGUUCAAACCCGAGGAGCCGCCCAAACCCGCCAAAAUCAUCGCCAUGGAGGUCGACGACGCCUCUCUCUCCGUCGAUGACCACUUCGCCAAGGCCCUAGGCGACACAUGGAGGCAAAUACAAACCUCCAGAUUAAGGGAAACAGAGAAAACCCAAGCCAAAGGCGGCGUCGACGACCACUUUAGCAAAGCGCUCGGCGACACGUGGAAGAAAAUACAGAACCCCAAACUCAAUCUCGACGACGAGAAGAAAGAUCAAACGACGAAAAUUAUUUCGAGGAGCGGCGUCGUUAUAUAAUAGCGUCGUUGCGGCCUGGCGGUUCAGUUAACGACUCGGUCUUUACGAGUCAUUUCAUGAUACUAACUCGAGUAUCAAUAAAUUCCCACUUGUUUAAUGUUAAGCUAUUUACCGUGAGCGCGGUGGCUCGUAACGUUUACGUUCGACGUCCGAAUCCAUGACAAUCUGUUACCUAUUAGGCUUUGGGAAGUAUUUUUUUAAAGUUAUUUAGUCAAUUAGUAGUCAGUCACCAGUUACACUAAAUAAGUUAUUACCUCAAUAUAAACGCUUCUGCACGAUUCACUGUACUUAGGAUUAAGUGUUGUAAAUAUUAGUCACCUACUAUGUUUUAAGCUUUAGCGUUCGGUGGGGUAAAGGUGUCUUGUGUAACUAUUCUUAUAACUGUAAUGUUCCUCAUAUUAUAAGUUAGAUUUCAGUGGACUCUUAUUCGAAUAAGCGACAAUGAAGUACCCAUCGAAAUUGAAUGUCAGUACCUACUAUGUGUAAAUAAGGAUAGGAUAUAUUUAUAGCUAAACAUUUCAUUGUUUUCUGAUUGUGUUAUGAGCGUACAUAGUACAUAAUACAUAAUAACAACUACAAAAUUAGAUAGGGCUAAAUCAAUG